UAAAUAAGUUGCUGAGGUCACUGUUUAUGAUCUGGUUUCUGGUCUAUUGAUUAGCUAUUGGUCAGUAAAUCGCCAUUGCUUACAUGUUAGUAAGCUCCUACAUCAGAGGUUAUAAAGUUAACUAGUUUUCUUUGUUUCAACAGUUCAGUUCACGAGGAGAUCACCACGUGGUCAGAGAGAAGUAGGGAAGAGGUAGUCUUGAGUGUAUAGUUAGUACUGUAACCAUGUAACAGAGCAAGCAGUACAGCAUUUAUUUAUUUUAUUUCAUGUAAACUUCAUUUUAUAAAAAGCAACUCAAAGUAUCCCUGGCUCUCUUCUAACCGCUGGAAGCUGCUUUGCAUCUCUGCUAAUAAAUCUCUUUUUUAUCAAAUACCUACACUCCGGUAUCCACCAUGUGCACAACUUGGGACCCUCCUCCCAAACCUAUUGAGACAUUUGUUUUUAUGGAUCUAGAAGCAACAGGUUUGCCACCCUCACAACCUAAAAUUGCAGAAAUGUGCCUAUUUGCUGUGAAUAGGCAUGCCUUUGAGAAUCCUCAAUACAGCAAUUUUUCUCUUAGAUCAGUUCCACUAUUCCCUCGUUUAGUAGAUAAACUCUGUAUCUGUAUUAAUCCAGACAAGGCCUUUACUCCAGAAGCAAGAUUAAUUACAGGACUGAAUAAUGAAGCUUUUUCUGAGAACAAAAAGCAAAGCUUUAACAUACACAUUAUUCACAUGAUUACUGCUUUUUUCAAUCGGCAGCACUCGCCAGUCUGUUUGGUAGCGCACAGUGGCUGUUCUUACGAUUUUCCUCUAUUGAAAGCUGAAUUAUCGGCAAUAGGUAUCUCAGCUCUUGAUGAAAUCUAUUGUGCAGAUACCUUUAAAGCCUUGAAAGCUUUGGACAAAGAAAAUAACCGACUUCACCAGUUUACAUACCAAAAAUUCGGCAGCAAGAAAAGUUACAAGCUUGAUGAUUUAUACUUUAAGUUCUACAAAGAAUACCCUUUGAAUAGUCACAGUGCAGAAGGAGAUGUCAUUACACUAAUAAGAGUCUUUCAACAACAUGCCAGAGACCUUAUGCACUGGAUGGAUUCAAACGCAAGGCAGUUCAAUACUAUUAGAACAAUGUACAAGGGAAGUGAGCGGCGUGCUUCCAUUUCCAGAGCACCUUGGAGUCUCCAGCAUCCAAGUUUUUUACAGGUGGGGCCAUGUCAGCCGAGGCUAGCCACAAUGUAUUCUUUUCCAGCGGGUGAUGACAGAGCAUCCUUAAAACAGAACACUGCUGAGCAAGGGUAUGACCAAUUCAGACCACUCAAUAAUACUGACAUUCCUGAUGAAAUUAAGAAUAUGUUGCUGUUUCUUCUUGGAUUAGCAAUAAUUACAUGGAUUGUACUCAAUCCUGUGUAAACUCAAAAUGAACUUUGGUUUUUCGAUACAGUUAAGUCACAAAAGUUGCAAAAUAAUACUUUCUAGUUGCCAUUAUUAUCACACUUCCUUUAAAAUUCUAGGCUUUAAUUUUUCUUUAUAGUUAUAAUCAAUGUAAUUAGGCUUAUAAUGUGAUUUUUGUUAUUUGUAUUAGUCACAUUGGGUACAAUGAAGAACAUUAGAUUAUAAAUUUUGUGGGGAAGGCCAAUACUUUAUAAGACAAAGGAAACGUGAGUGGUGAAAAACAGCCCCUGCUUUCAAUAAUUCAGAUUCUAGGAGAAAAUGUUAUCUAGAAUGAAAUAGUUUUGUAAACCAAAGACAUAAUUUCUUGUGGAAUGCAAAAGGUUCAGAAAGCAAUAUGUAACUUGUAAAUGGAUGGAUGGGUAGCCCAAUCCAGAGGCUACUGCAGCUGGGAACAUAUCGUCUCCAGAGAGCUUUCAGUGCGGGGGUGCAGCCAAAAAGAAAAAAAAACCUGGCAGCCUGAAAGCCCUCCACAGGGUUGAAUGGAGGGUGGUGUAACUCCAAGGCUCAGACUGGCAUCCCCAGCUUCAUCCCCAAGAACACCUCUGGCCCUCCCCUCCUGCGCUGAUGGGGCUGGCUGCAGUGCUGACACGGCACCCAGUGCCACAAGCAGGUGUCCCAGAAGGCUAUGGCAUCUGCCUACUGGUGUUUUUGCCCCUUGUGCCACAUCCAGGAGCUGAUUCACACACCCCACCCUGGGUUGACCUUUAAGAAAUGUAAAUGUUAAAGAGAAAACAAAAGUAUAUUGGCUCAAGUGUUACUUUAGACCAGUAAUGGCGAAUCUAUGGCACUCCAGAUGUUCAUGAACUACAAUUCCCAUCAGCCCCUGCAGCAUGGCCAAUAGGUUCGCCACCACGGCUUUAGACUUAUAGCUUUUUAAAUUCAUUACUUUGGUUUGUUUUGAAGUAUGGCAGUUCAAGCUUCUAGUUAUCACCUACAAGGUCCUUAAUGGCCUUGGAUUCUAAUAUUUACAGAACUCCUAUUAUACUCUGCUGCAACAGCUUUGGUUAUUCGAGCAAAGCCUUAUAAAAAUGCCAUCCUGCAAAUGGGCAAUAUUGGCAAUAUAAUUCACAAAUCCCCAACCUUGUUGAACUUAUGGAUGUCACCUAGUUGAUUGAGAUGCAUUCCUAGCUCAAUGUAGUUGUUAGAAAAAAUAUUGCCGGUGAUUGUAUCUAGUUAAUUGAAAUGCAUUCCUACCUCAAUGUAAUCGCUACAAGAUAUAUGUAACCAGCCUGCUAUAUGUUACCACUGCUGUAGAUGUUCUUUUCUUGAUCUCUUCUGUAUGGCUUCACUUUAUGGCUUCUACUCCCAUGGGAAACAGGAUGUUUCCAUUGUCCGGGGGUGGGGGGCAUUGUCCCAACCUUGGGCAGGGUGCCUUGGCUCCAGAAUAACUCUUUCUCACAUUCUUUGGGAAAACAGGAGGGGGGAUUAUUUUUGAAUAAAGGGAGUAGCAAAAGUCAGGUUCACCAGAACUGGCUUAGACAAGCUGGGUGUUUCGUUGCCUUCCAAUAAUCGCUGCUGAUCAACAAUGCAGCGUCUGUUUAUUGAUCCAAGAUUCGAGUCCUAACAUUAGGCACUUUUAGAAUUUUGGCAAAGGGUUGUGGGCACCACUACAAAAUAGCUGUCAGCAGCUAUCAAAGAUGAUGUCUCUUGGACUCUUCUACAGCACCCCCUGCAACCCAAGCAGAGAGAAAGCUAGGACUGACCCUUUACUUCUGAGAAGUGAUGCUUUCGGUUUCAGUUUCCCUCCAAAAAGAGUGGAGUAUCUUGUAGAGUUUCAAUGGAAAGUUCCCAAGCCCAGAAACACAGGCAGUUCUCUCUGCUGUGAAAACAAGGUCUUGCUGCUCUGGUGGAUUGACAAGGACAAGGACAACAUUUUGCUGGUCAACCAGGUGGCAGUUAAUCGUGCAAAAGUAUUACUUUAUGUUCAGUUUUGACCCGUUCAGGCUGCAAGUAUGUGCCACGAAACACAAUGGUGAACACUAUGCUUCCCUGGACAUCACUGGUGUACUGAAUAGGUAAACAGGAAAAAGUGGCCAGAAAUGGAAGUAGGAAUGCAGAAUCUGGUUUGUGAAGAAUCUUCAUCAUGGAACAGCAAGAAAAGCCUGUUUAGACAACAGUUACCAGAAGAUUCUCCCACUAUGCAGUUCUACUUUGUCACCCCAUUUAUAACAGUUACUUGUGCAAUAUGCAUAUUGCUUUUUCAUCUGUGAUGGUAGUAUUUAGUAUAUAAGGAAUUUUACAACAAAUAACCUUAGAGGAAGUCAGAGCUAAAUAAAGUCUGUUGUGAGGAGAGGAGCUUUUCAAGACCAUAUAUUUUCUUUUUUUCAACAUGUUCCUUUUUACAGCGUGCUUUUAGCUUGAAGACAUUUUCUGAGGAUUCCCUGAGGACAGAUCUAUGGGACUGUGGCAUUGAGUGCCAGCUACACAGCUCCUGGAAUUUCUAGAUUUGCUGUUUGAUAAUUAAAGUCCAAGGACUCACUGUCACUGAAAAACUUAUCAGUUGUAUGAAGUUUUACCAUUAUUUUCCAGAAAACUUCAAGAGCUAAAGAGCUAUUGUCCAUUAAAUAGAAAAUAUCAUUUAGUAGCAUGAAAUAGUUUUAGUGUAGCUUAUUUUUUUUCCCACAGAGAAUAUUAUUUUAAGGUCAUUCUCACACACACACACACACACACACACUAUAUUCAUACAUCCAUCUUGAUGCCUGGUAUGUCAUCUGUUUCAAUUCUGGCAUUUUUGGUCCCCUUCCGGGAGGGGGCGGGGAAUAGGACCAGACGCUAUCUUUUAAAUUGUUGGGUGCCUUUAUUGUUGCUAAUGAUUUUAUUGCAUUUUAUUGAAUUUUAACUGAAUUAUUCGAUUUGUCUUUUUUGUACUUUGUUAUUUAUUGUGUGUUUUGUGUGAUGUAAACUGCUCUGAGUCCUCUGGGG